UUAACAAUACCUCAUUACAUCAACAGCACAUCCUGUCAGGACAGAGGCUAUCUUGUCACUACUUGGGUGGAAGGUGAUUGCAUCUGUGAUGUAUGGGAUGAUCUGACUGCAUCAGAUAAGGAAAGGUUAGUGCAUGAUCUGCACCACCAACUAGGUUCAAUGAGACAUCAGACAUGGACUUACGAGCCUUGUACCAUCUGUGAUGCUUCAGGCGGUCCCAUUGAGGAUCCAUGCAUUCCUUGGGUGGCUGGGGAGAAUCUCCAAACAUUUCUAUCAUCUCAAGCCUUUGCUGUGGAGGUCUGGGUUGGACUGGAUUUGCCAAGGAAUUGUAACACAUUGCAACCCCUCAUACAGCCUGUCAUCAAGUGUGAUGGAGUUUCUAUUGUAUUCAGCCAUGGGGAUCUUCUUCCAAGGAAUAUGAUUUUUCUGGGUGGCCUCAAUCAUUGGCAAUCAGGCAGAGAGAGGAUUUGCAUCAUUGAUUGGGAGUACACUGGGUGGAUGCCAAAUUACUGGGAUGCAUUGAAGGCAAUGUGGAUGCAGUGGGAACCUGAUACAGAGUGGUUGCAAAUUAUGUGGAUGGUUUUCCCUGACUGCAUUGAGGAAUUGGAAACUGAUUGGCAGUGGUGA